AAGAAAGAACAGAGGGAGGGAGAAGACAGAAGUUUUUCCCCCCUCAGCUACCAGCAUCUGUUAGAGAUUCCACCCAAACUCACCUCCUGACUACAGCACGGGCAUCCGAUAAACACACACACACACCCACACCGAGACAGAGAGCGAGAGAGUCACACACUUGAGCAGAGGAGAGAGUUAAGACAGUCCGAACCGAGCGCUUCCCUUCAUUACGCACAGAGAAAUCACACAGAGCACAACCCACACCGGCGCCACCGAGCUCACACCAAGAGCUGUGAAGGGACGGGAUUUAAGGAAAGUCUUUGUGGAUUUGGUGCGUCUGGAGAGCUGUGAGGAUGCGCGUCUCGGUCCUGCUGCUGCUCUGCGCUCUUUACGCAGGAGACGCGCACAAACUCUCCGCGCUCACGCUUCUGCGUGUGGAACAAGAUAAAGAAUGCAAUAUGGAUUGUUCCGGAGCUUCUCGCAAGCCGUUGUGUGCAUCAGACGGACGGACCUUCAGUUCCCGCUGCGAGUUUCUUCGUGCAAAGUGCAGUGACCCUCAGCUGGAGGUCAUACGAGGGCCAUGCAAAGAUACGUCCAGGUGUGUGGCAGAGAAGAAAUACACAGAACAACAAGCCAAGAAACUCUUCCCACAGGUGUUUGUACCUGUCUGCAAUCCUGACGGAACCUACAGUGAGGUUCAGUGCCACAGCUACACUGGCUAUUGUUGGUGUGUGACACCCAGUGGCAGACCCAUCAGCGGCUCAGCAGUAGCCAAUAAGAAACCUCAAUGCCAAGGUUCCAAGGAUGAUAAAGUAAAUCCGAAGGAACCAGGAAAAUCAGAUCCGCCAGCGAUUUUCGUGGUGGAAACCCAGCCGUCCGCUGAUGAGGAAGAAAUCAUCUCUCAGCACCCCACACUCUGGACACAGGUCUGUAGCCGACCAAACAGGAAUAAAACAUCGACCUCGUGUGAUCAGGAGCAGCUGUUAGCACAGGAAGAAGCAAGACAACAUAAAAAUGAAGUUUUUGUGCCAGAUUGUGCUCACGGUGGCCUCUACAAACCUGUUCAGUGCCAUCCCUCCACCGGGUACUGCUGGUGUGUCCUUGUGGAUACUGGACGGCCCAUACCUGGCACAUCCACGAGAUUCGAACAACCAAAAUGUGAUGGAAAUGCCAGACAAAACAAGCCAAAGGACUAUUACAGGAGCAGACACCUGCAGGGAUGUCCUGGGGAGAAGAAGACAGAAUUUCUUACAAGCGUGUUGGACGCGUUGUCCACAGACAUGGUCCAUGCGGUAACUGACCCGGCCUCUGCUGGCAGGAUGUUGGAGCCAGACCCCAGUCAUACUCUGGAAGAACGAGUUGUUCACUGGUAUUUCAGUCAGCUUGACAAGAAUUCCAACGGUGACAUCGGAAAGAAAGAAAUCAAACCAUUCAAGCGUUUACUGCGCAAGAAAUCCAAGCCCAAGAAGUGUGUGAAGAAAUUUGUGGAGUACUGCGACAUCAACAAUGAUAAGGCCCUGUCUCUACAGGAACUGAUGGGCUGUCUGGGUGUCACUAAGGAAGAGGGGGCAAAAACAGGUGAAGGCACAACAUCUUGUAAACUGAACCUGUCAAAGAAGCAAGGCUGAAGUAGCCGCAGCGAUUGUUCCCGCUCCCGUCCCGCAGAUCCUGCCCCACCAAAACGACGAUGGAAACCAUAGUCUUUGCACUUUGUACUUUAAAACAAUGUAAAUUCACUUUGUAGAAAAAUAAGGUAUUUAAACAGACUGCUGAAUAUGUGAAUGAUGUAGUUAGCAUUUUUUAUGUCCUUACAACAAACAACAAAAAUAAUAAUUUAACACAUACAAUGUAUGUGUCCUUUGUGAGUCUAAAAUAAGUAUACUUUUCUAAGUUAUACAAGUUGUAUUACAUGUUGCAUUUUGUCAAGGCCAUCUUUGUUGUUAUGAUUUCUUUCUUUCUUUCUUUCUUUCUUUCUUUUUUUUUCUUUUUUCUAAUUUCUGGAUAGUUUGUAAUGCAUCUAAAUUUUUUUUUUUUUUGAAGCCUCAACUUAGUUUUUAUACCAAAUCCUAACUACUGCCUGAGCUUGGAAUUAUUACAGAUUGUAGUCCUGUACCACACAUGAAAUGGGAGACAGUUCAUUUUGUUGAAAGUGCUUCAUUAUGAUUAGAAAUAAAGAAGUCUUUUAUAAUA